GAUGGCGGCGCCCAUUGGGAACACGAUUCCAAUCCUUUUCAAAGACAUUUGUUAGCCGUUCUCUCAUAAACAAUAUUGUCAUUUCAUACGAAGGGACAUAUGAUAAAAAGUUCCACCAUGCUAUGUAGGAGAUGUUUUCUCCAAACAUCAUCGAUGCUAGAAGACCUGUUCUACAUGCAGAAACGAAACAUGCAAAAAUGGAAGAAAAAACUAGAGAUCAAUGAACAAAGGAAAAAACAAGUGUUUCAAUAUGUGAGAGAAAAUGCCAAGCCUACAGAAAGACUGUAUGUUUGGGGAUGUGCAACUACAGGGUCUCUUGGGAUAUCUUCAUAUCUUAAACCAGGCAAAGGGCAGAACAUGAUGCUAUGCAUGCGAAGACCAGCUCGAAUGAAAUUCUUUGAUGAUCAUGGCAUUAAGGUUACAGGGGCAGCGUGUGGGUAUGGAUUUACGAUAUUUCUAACAAAAACAGGAAAAGAGCAUCGUGUGUUUGGAACGGGGAUCAACACCAACUCUCAGAUAGGCUUCCACAGAUUACACCAUGAAAAAGGAAAAGGACUUGACUACAUAAUAGAACCAAUAAAGAUUGAUAUUCCAUUUGAUAACCCAGAAACCACCAAAGUGACACAGGUUGCAUGUGGACGUGCUCACACGAUCUUACUGACAGACAAUGAAGGGGUGUACAGUAUGGGAAACAAUGCUUAUGGUCAGUGUGGGAGGACCAUCGUGGAGGGUGAACUUUACAGGUACAGCUCACAGAUCCACCGGAUAAAGGAUUUACCGGAUAACGUUACCAAGGUUGUUUGUGGACAAGAUCACACCUUGUUUCUGACCGCGGCUGGAGAGUUGUACAGCUGUGGGAUGGGAGCUGAUGGACAGACAGGUCUAGGUCAUUAUAACUCUGAGCACCGUCCAACCCUAGUACAAGGUGACCUUCAAGGUGUCAAGGUGAAGGACAUAGGUGGCGCUGUGGACUGUGUGCUGGCCGUAUCCGAUAAAGGAGAACUUUUUGGUUGGGGAAACUCGGAAUACAACCAGCUGUCGAUGAUUACAGAACACACACAGGUCAAUGUACCCAGACAUUUACCUGUGCACAGCUGUGGGAAAGUAAAGAAGGCGGUCGCUGGAGGAUCCAUGUGUGCAAUGUUAACAGAAAAAGGCCAUAUGUAUGUGUGGGGAUACGGGAUUCUGGGGAAAGGUCCAGAUUUGGAAUCAGCAGAAACUCCUCAGAAAAUACCACCAGCAUUAUUUGGACAAUACGAUUUGGAUGCGCAAAGUAAAUUGGUGGAUCUAGCGUGUGGUAUCGGACACUUCCUGGCCUUGUCAGACUCAGGAAAUGUGUAUGCCUGGGGAAAGAAUAGGAGUGGUUGUUUAGGAUUAUAUGUACAGCGAGACCAGUUUUAUCCUCUCAAGGUGUCAAUGCCAGCAGAAACCUACUCUAUAGUUUGUGGGGUCGACCACAAUGUGGCUUUCUGUAAAUCCUUUGUAUGACCAGUGGGAACAGAAUCCAAUACUACAGACAAUAUAAAACUUCAGGAAAUUACUGUGUGUUAGCCAGAAUAAAGCAUGAAUUAUAGGUUCUGAUUUAGGAUUGCUGGAAAUAUAGGCAGUGCCAAAAGACAAUUCACUAAAAUCAGACCCUCAAGCCACUGUAAUACUUUAUAUGGAGAAUCUGAGGUACAGAAAUAAUUCAUUGUUCUGGUGGAGGUAUUGAAAACCUACAGGAUCCUAACAAUAACAGCAUACAGAAUUCCAAGAAUAUCAAUUAAAACUGAUUUAUUUUACAAGGAUUAUGAAAAAAAAAAUCCAACUUGUGUUUCUCACUCUUGUUAUCCUGGAUGGAGGUGCACAAUGGGUUUUAAUGUGACAGAAAACCAAAGUACACAGAAAAAACCCACUAGUGGGGCAGGUGACCCAACGCCGUUUCUUGUAUGAUUAGGGAACUGAACCCUGUCCAUCUUGGUGAAAGGCGAGUGUGUUAUUCUCGGCGCCACCAAACCACCCUUAAUAUAUAUCUACAGGUUUCCGGGAAUACAAUAUGGCAGCUGUCUUCUGUUAGUCAACCUUUACAUUAAAAGACUACUACUAGUCCAGAAUGUAUAGAGGGAUUUUGAUUAAAAUUGAAAGACAGAAUCCCUGGGCCAGGGUGAUUAAAUUUUCAACAAUCAAAUGUUUUCCUCCCUCCUCCAUGGGAAGAGGAGUACUCGAUGCCCAGCAGAGUAAAUAUAUGGAUAAAACUAUUUUAAUAAAGGAAAACAGAUUUAAAAUUAAUUCUGUAUGAAACAUCAAGAAUUACUCAGACAGGUUUUAUUUGAUCCAUAUGGAAUUAGAAGAACAUGUACCUCAUUUUAUUUUAAUAGCGUGUUUGUGUUAAUGUAUCAGAGAUAAGUGAAAACCAAAUGAUUUAUUUAGGCCUAUGGGCCUCUUGUUAGAUUUAUAUGCAUUCAAUGAUUGAAUGUAGAAUCAUAGGCGGUAUAAAUAACUAUAAGUACUUGAAUAAAUGUUUUUAUCAUG